AUGGUAAAGAACCUCAAGAAUAAACAUAGAUUAGAUCUGUUGGGAUUGAUUGAGACCAAACGGGAGAUAGUGACGAGAUAUGAUGUGGCAAGAAUAUGGGGGCAAGAUGGUGCGGGUUGGGAAUAUGUAGAAUCUGAAGGUGCAGCAGGUGGAAUUCUAUUAAUAUGGGAUGAAUCAGUGUUUAAGUUGAAUAAUUGCUAUAAAGGGGAGAGAUGGCUAUAUGUUGAAGGGGUUCUGGUGAAGAGUAGUUUCAACUGUGCAUUUUUCUUGGUAUAUGGUGCACAUGACAGGGAUACAAAAUUGAAGGUGUGGGAAGAGCUGAGCUAUAUAGCUAGGUUAUGCCAGGUGCCGAGUUGUUAUAUGGGAGAUUUUAAUGAAAUAGUACAUGUGGAGGAGCGACAAGGAGCGGAUGGGUUAUCUAGGUCUGCGGAAGAAUUCAAGGCUUGGAUACAAGAUAUAGAGUUAGUGGACUUGCCGCUCAAUGAUCGUAUGUUCACAUGGUUUCGGGGACGAUCUUGUAGUCGUAUUGAUAGAGCUCUGGUUAGCCUGGAGUGGUUAGAGCAGUUCCCGGAGACGAGGAUACAAGGUGGACCGAGAGGAUUGUCAGAUCAUUGUCCUAUUAUAUUAGAAGACAACAAACAAAGGGGAGGUCCAAGGCCAUUUAGAAGCUUAGAUUCCUGGUUUACACAUGAAGGGUUCCUCAGAAUGGCUCAGAGGAGUGGAGAGGAUUAG